GGGAUAGUAACGAAUCAAAGCGAAGUAGGCGGGAUUUGUCGGAAUACGGAAGUGGAAACAGUAAUCGUGCUACAGUGAGCUGGAGAAUUGAAUCAUUCAGUUAGCGGGGAAGCUAACUGUUUUGGGCUAAUAUCCGGCUAGCCUGAGCUAAGCUAAGCUAAGCUACUGGGGCAGGUCCAUCCGUCUUUGUGCUAAAAGGAUGGAUAUAAGCUAACGAUGACCGGAGAGAAAAAGAAGAAAAAGCGGCUGAACCGCAGCAUUCUUCUGGCAAAGAAAAUCAUCAUUAAAGAUGGAGGCAGUCCACAGGGGAUGGGUGAGCCGAGUGUGUACCAUGCUGUGGUCGUCAUCUUCCUGGAGUUCUUCGCCUGGGGACUGCUCACCACACCCAUGCUCACGGUGUUGCAUCAGACUUUCCCCCAGCACACAUUCCUGAUGAAUGGCCUCAUUCAUGGAGUUAAGGGUCUCCUGUCGUUCCUCAGUGCUCCUCUGAUUGGUGCUCUCUCUGAUGUUUGGGGUCGGAAGUCGUUCCUUCUGCUCACCGUCUUCUUCACCUGUGCACCCAUUCCACUGAUGAAGAUCAGCCCAUGGUGGUACUUUGCCGUGAUCUCGGUGUCAGGAGUGUUUGCUGUGACCUUCUCUGUUAUAUUUGCGUACGUGGCCGACAUCACACAGGAGCAUGAGAGGAGCACAGCAUAUGGCCUGGUGUCAGCGACGUUUGCGGCCAGUCUGGUGACGAGCCCAGCGAUCGGAGCGUACCUGUCUCAGGUGUACGGGGACACGCUGGUGGUGGUCCUGGCUUCGGCCAUCGCUCUGCUGGACAUCGGCUUCAUCCUGGUGGCCGUCCCCGAGUCUCUGCCUGAGAAAAUGAGACCGGCGUCAUGGGGAGCUCCCAUCUCCUGGGAACAGGCCGAUCCCUUCGCUUCUCUGAGGAAGGUCGGUCAGGACUCCACAGUGUUGUUGAUCUGUAUCACAGUCUUCCUCUCUUACCUGCCUGAAGCUGGACAGUACUCCAGCUUCUUCCUGUACCUGCGGCAGGUGAUUGGAUUCACCUCAGAGACAGUUGCAGCAUUUAUUGCAGUGGUUGGAAUCCUGUCCAUAUUAGCUCAGACAGUGGUGUUGGGUGUGCUGAUGCGCUCUAUUGGGAAUAAGAACACCAUCCUGUUAGGGCUCGGCUUCCAGAUCCUGCAACUUGCCUGGUAUGGCUUCGGCUCCCAGCCCUGGAUGAUGUGGGCAGCAGGGGCUGUAGCUGCGAUGUCCAGCAUCACUUUCCCAGCCAUCAGUGCCAUUGUCUCCCGAAAUGCAGAUCCUGACCAGCAGGGUGUGGUACAGGGGAUGAUAACGGGGAUCAGGGGGCUCUGUAAUGGACUCGGCCCCGCCCUCUACGGCUUCGUCUUCUACCUAUUCCACGUGGAGCUGAAUGAGAUGGAUGCUGCAGGAGGAGCUGAGAAAGGAACCAAACCCAACAUGGCCAAUCCUACCGACGAGAGUGCCAUCAUUCCUGGUCCUCCGUUCCUGUUUGGAGCGUGCUCAGUUCUUCUCUCCCUGUUGGUGGCGCUCUUCAUUCCCGAACACAAUGCGGUCUCUCUGCGGCUCGGGAACUACAAAAAACACCCCAGCACAACCCAGAGCCAUGCCCACACCCCUCAGGGCGGAACCUGUGAAGGCAAAGAGCCUCUACUGGAUGACAGCAGUGUAUGACCCCGCCCAAUGCCACCUGAGACACACAUCAAGGUGGAGCCUGCAGGAAAAGAGACCCUAUUGGUUUUCAGCAGAGUAUGAUCCGCCCACUGCCACCUGAAACACAUCAGGGCGGAGCCAGUGAGAUGAAAGGGCCUUUCUACUGGAGAGGUUCAGUGUCUGACUCCGCCUACUGCCACCCCAAACACAUCAAGGCGGAGCUUGCAAGCGUAGAAUAACUGCACUGUAUGACCGCCCGCUUUCACCCCAAUCAUACACAUACCUUGUAUUCAAGCUCAAAUACACAUUUGGGUGGAGCCUGUGAGAAUUAGAUGACAGCAGUGCAUGACUCCGCCCACUGCUGCCAAACACACACGCACACACCCCUUUGGGUGGAGUCUGUGAGCGGAAAUAGGCCUUUACUGGAUGUGGACACUGCAUGACUCCCUCCACUGCCCUCUCGCACAGGGCGGGGCCUACAAAGGACCAGUGCCAUAUGACCCUGCCCACUAUCACACUAAAUACUUGUCAGGGCGGAGCCUGUGGGACGUGAAUGACCACGUUGUGUGAUUCCACCCACUGCCACCUCAAAUGCACUCAGGGUGGAGUCAGGUACAUGACCCCGCCCACUUUUACCUGUUGUGCCCUACCCCAACACAUUUUUCACCGUACUGACCUCCAUCAGCUGAACACACACUUCAGAAUGCUGUGUGUGAAUGACGCUAGUGUUUACACCCACACUCACACAGUGUUUAUAAGAACUGAUUAAACAGUCUGGUGGUUUUUACAGGUAGAUGUGUGUGUGUGUGUGUGUGUGUGUGUGUGGAUAUCUCUACAUUCUGUUACAGCUGAGGCCAGUGGUAUCACAGUGGCUGUGUCCUGAACGGUGCCCUGCUCCCUUAUGCCUACAGAGACAUAGUGCACUUCGGUCUGUCUACACUGUACAGUUUGUUUGUUUUUUUUUUUUUUAGACAUUUCUAGACUGCUGUGGUGCAUUGUGGGUAAAUGUUGAUUUGAUAUUAGCUUGUUGCAGUGCAUUAUGGGAUUUAGUCCACUUUCUUUGUGGAUGUAACAGAUGCCUGAUGUAGUGCACUAUGUAGUGAACAGGGUUUGGAUUGGGACAUGCAGCAUCUCAUCAUUAGAAACGCCUUCGUAUACUGUGAGCUGGAAAUAUGAACCAUGAUGACGGCGCUGUCUCACUCUCUAACUGUCUCUCUCUCCAGCUCUGAGUGGGUUUCCUCUGUGUGUGUGUGUGUGUGUGUGUGUGUGUGUGUGUGUGUGUGUGAGAGAGAGAGAAAUCAGUUAAUCCAGUGAGCACAUGGUUUUAGACCACUUCUGAAAAGCUAACUUUGCUAACACUGACUGAAAGUGAGUGACCAGCAGUUAUUCACUAAAUAUAAGUUUUAAGCCUGGUGUGUGUGUGCACCACAUUCCUUGAACGUUACAUAUCAGUGAGAGGGAAUGCAGUAUAAUUUGUGUUCCCUGUAUUUUCCGGACUAUACAUGGCUCCAGGCUGAAGGAAACCCCGCCCACUUUUAGAUGAGCGCAGUGGAGUAAAAUCAGCGCUUUAUAUUUUUAACGUUUUGUUCAUCUUCAGUUUCAGUUCUAAAGUUAAAUAAAGUGCGCUAGCUCAUUUAUUUACCGCUAAAUUCCUUCUGUGCUCUAGUUACAAGUGAGUGUGUGUGCAGAGUGCUAAGCUCACCACGUUACCAUAAGUUCAGUAUUAUCACAGCUACCGUAAAUCUCCUAAUAAACCUGAACAUCAUCACUCAGAGAAACACGGAGCAAACACUCCACCUGCUGUUAUAGUCCGGGAAAUACACUAAUGAUGAAGCUCCAGUCUGUUCUCCUGUGUGUGAGUGUGCAUGAGAGUGUGCAUGAGAGUGUGCGGAAACAGAGUGAAACUGUAAAACAGUCAGUGAGAUGUAAAUGACAGGAAAUUAACAAACGGUUAUUUAUUAAAAGGUUCUGGUUGUCAGUG